GGGAGUGAGAAGACUUCAACUUAUCGUUUACUUUGAGGGAACUUUGCGCCUCCGUGUGGAAAGAAAUGGCAUUGCCUCUUCUUGUAAAGCACUACGCCGCGUCAAUACUCAAACCCAGUGCUCCGUAAAUGAACCUGCUAAGACAAGCGUUAACAUUUCAAAUAGCACUAGGCGGUUUUUUCAUUCGCGCGUGGGGGAAAAUCACUACAAGAGAAAAGGAACAAACAACCGAGGGAUCACGGAAAAGACAGCUAGUUAAAGCAAAUCCUAAAUGGCCGAUUCUUCUUCAUCCGGUGACCAUCAAGAAAACUGCGGUGAAGAAGUAAUGCGGUUGAACAAGGAUUUAGAGAGAAUGAUUGAAGAUGUAGAAAACAUAUCAGUUCAGCUGACAUGGAUGGCCUAUGACAUGGUGGUGCUGCGGACCAGUCCCGAUCUGGGGAACUCCCUACGGAGACUGGAAGAGGAGUUUCUCCACUGUAGGGCUGUUGUCUGCCACACCCCUGAGGAACUAGAGCACAUCCAGGGACUGAGACAAGGCCAGGGGACAAAUGUGGCAGGACAAAUCACAAUGAUAUGGCCUGAGGACGGGGCUGGGGAAAGACCAGGGGCUGACCCACGGGAUAGAGCUGGGGCAAAGGAUGGGGCUGAAGGACCAUCUUAAACCAUCCUCCACCUUACAUAAAGAGAUUCAUGAUUCUCUAGGAUUGCCUUUUUUUAAUCUGUAUUAAAAGUUAGUAGCCUGCCCAAGUAUGUUUUGUUUAGAGUUGUUAAAAUUGUAGCUAUGUACACUAAAAAUAUAUCUUCCCAGCAACUGUCUUUCAAUGACACUGCUGUUUGUACAACAAACCACUGGAGUUAGACAAUAUACUUUAUUUUUCUGGCUCAACAUUGCAUUUAGUCUAAGCAGAGCUUCAGGCAAUUUUAUGGUUGUGUUAUAUGCUGGUUUUUGUUGUGUGGUGUACCCAGUAAUUGACUGCGUGUCCCAUCUGUGGAAAGAGUUUUCCAAGCACUUGGGAAUGUUGUUGUUUAUUAAUAUGAAUGAGUAGUUCACCUGUUAUUUGG